UUCCAAGGAAACUGAAUAUUUCAGGAAAAUGGGUGAAAAGAAAUUGAAAAGACCCAGGGAGGAAAUGAAGGUUGUCGUAGCUGAAGAGGAGGUCCCUGCAACCCGAGGUUCCGAGGAUGAACCUGUAAACAAGAAGAUUAAAUGGACCAACAAAUCCAGAGUUCUUGUUCUCAGUGCUCGAGGAAUCGGUCACAGAGGUCGUCAUCUACUCCAGGAUAUCCAGAGCAUGAUGCCACACUCUAAGUCCGACUCUAAGAUGCAGAAGAAGGAGACUCUGUUCGCUGUGAACGAGAUUGCGGAGAUGAAGAACUGUGAGAAAUGUUUACUGUUUGAAGGUCGGAAGGGGAAGGAUGUGUAUCUCUGGGCGGCUAACGUAGCCAGGGGUCCCAGUGUUAAAUUUGAGGUAGAGAAUAUUCACACUAUGGCUGAGCUAAAGAUGACCGGAAACUGUCUCCGCGCCUCCAGACCACUUCUCUCCUUUGACCAGAACUUCACAAAGGACGCGCAUUGGCAGGUCAUGAAGGAGCUGUUUACCCAGAUAUUCGGAGUUCCCAAUCAUCAUCCUAAAUCUCAACCUUUCUUCGAUCAUGUCUUUACAUUCUGUAUAGUUGAUGACAAGAUUUGGUUCCGAAACUUCCAGAUACUCGAGGAGAGCGGAUCCCUGGCUGAGAUUGGUCCUAGGAUGGUUCUCAACCCUAUCAAGGUCUUCGACGGAAGCUUCAGUGGACAAACUAUCUGGGAGAACGGCAGAUAUAUAACUCCUAACUCUAAGCGAGCUCUGCUGAAGAAGGCCAAAUCCCGAAAGUAUCAGGAUCGCGUGGAGGCUAAGGCGGCCUACGAGGCCGGCCGGCCGACUGGUCCAACUUUCAAGGUGGACGAGACGGACGAAGUGUUCCAGACGAUCGAGGAACCAGAGUCUGACUCCGGGCACCAGAAACCUAGACCAGGGAAGAAAAGGAAGCAGAAGAAGAAGACCAAGAAGGGGUCGGAGAAGAUAGCGGUUACAGCGGGAGAGGAGCCUGAUGAAUAAAUUUGAUUUUUUUUUUAUACUUAUUUUUUCAGA